CAUCGCGCCGGCGCGCUUCUGAGAAAUUUCUCCUUUUAAUAGCGCUGGGGGAGCAGCAUUCUCUCUGUGAGAGUUUCUGCGUAUCCGAUGCCGCGCUGCUGGCGCGAUGUUGUUGUUGGUAGUGCUGCUUGCCCUACCAUUGAUCUCCAGCUGUGAAUCAUGGUACAACUUCUGGUAUGAUGCCGGCGUCCUUGGGUCAUAUCCAGCGAAUAGCUAUGAGUCGUUCGACCUAGAGGCGCCUCGAUUGAACGUUCUGCAAUGGGAUGAGCGCUGCGACCAUGACUAUAUUCUCCUCACGCCUCGCGGACAUGCUGUCCCGGCCCCGGGCCCGCUAAUACUGGAUUAUACGGGUGAGCUCGUCUGGACGGAGGGACGCUUCGGGGAGGUGAUGGAUAUGAAGGUGCAGCAGUAUAAGGGAGAAAAUUAUCUGACAUUCUGGUGUGGAACCGACGAUGGGACCCAUGGUCGAGGCAUUUACUAUAUGCUGGAUUCGUCGUACGAGGUAGCAUACACGGUAGAAGUACCUGGUGCACUAGAUGGAGAUCUGCACGAAUUCAAGCUUACGGAUAAUGGCACCGCUCUGGUAACGGUUUACGAAAUCAUCCCCGCAGACCUUUCCCCGCUAGGGAAGUCUCGCAAUGGUUGGAUCUACGAUGGUCUAUUCAUGGAGAUCGACAUUGAAACUGGAGAUGUCAUUUUCGAAUGGCGAGCUUCCAGCUUCUACCCCGUCGAAGAGACGUAUGCUCCCAUAGGCGACAAGGGCUCUAGGAAAGACAAAGCGUUCGACUAUUUCCACAUCAACAGCGUGGACAAAGAUCCGGAUGGCAACUACUACAUCUCUUCUCGAUACAUGCAUACAGUGACCUGUAUCAGUCCGUCUGGGGACGUUCUCUGGGUGCUCGGUGGAAAGAGAAGCAGCUUCAAGGAUCUGUCAGGAGGCGCUGCGUCGAACUUCAGCUGGCAGCAUCAUGUCAACUGGUAUCCCAACAACACGUUGACAAUAUUCGACAAUGGCGCUGAUGAUAGAUCGAUAAUAACAGCAGAGUAUAGUCGCGGAAUGAUUGUCUCCCUUGAUCUAGACCAUAUGACGGCGACGCUUGUACAUGAAUACAGAAGCCCUCAGGGAUUUAUCAGCGGCUCACAGGGUUCAGUCCAGAUCAUGCCAGAGAGCGGUCACGUCUUUGUCGGCUGGGGUCACACGUCCGCAUAUACCGAAUUCACACCCGACGGGCAGAUCUUAUGCGACGUCCAUUUUGGACCCUCAAUGUUCUUCAAUCUCGGGUGGGUGAAAUCGUAUCGUGCCUUCAAGAGCCCGUGGGUAGGGAUGCCAAAUUACCCACCCGAUGUGGAAAUGGAUGUGGAUAUUGGAACAGCCUACGUGAGCUGGAACGGUGCGACUGAAGUCGCGGGUUGGAUUACACAGACGGCACCUUACCCUCACGCUACGGAGGAAGAGUAUGAUUCGAUCGGUUAUACGACUAAGGAAAGCUUCGAGACGAGCAUAGAGCUGCCGGAGGAUCUGGACGAGUGUUAUCUUCGAUUUGCUGCUGUGGAUAUUGACGGCGUGAUAUUGGGUUAUUCGAGGGUGAUUGAUGCUAGAACGGGACAAAUGGCUUCCGGAACAUUGCUCGAGCCUAUCACCCAGGAUAUCCCUUCUCUGCAGCAGUCCUUGUUGUCAGUUUGUCUUUUCGCAGCAAUCCUGAUUAUGCUCUGGAAAGCCCGGAAUCGGCCGCCUCUAUCAAAGAUGAUCGGCUGUUUCCAACGCUGUCUCUCGCGAUUUGAUUAUCAACUCCUGCCUCAAUAACACGCUUCGUUUCUCUGUUGAUAUGAUUAUGCUUUUUAGAUUUCCGUGACGACAUAUUUCUCUGUUUAUAUUAUGCUAGAUACCCAAGCCCUGAUUGUGGCUACAAUGAACAUAAGGGAUUCUGAAGAUUUAUUGAAUAUUGUUUUUUAAUUCUGUUUCUUUUCUUUUCUUUCUUUCUCUCUGACAGGUGGAUGGGGGUCAUUCUGCGAUCACAGUGACAACGUUGAUAUCCACACCGGAU